AUGAAGUUUCUUUGCUACGGUCUUUACUUCUGCACAUAUAUUUCGGUUAUUAUCGCGGAACUCAGUAAGUAUACAAGAUGUGUGAUCAGUCAUUUUAAGAAAGGCAAAAAAGUCUGGGUUGUUUUGAAAGUCUAAAAGUAUUUGUUCAGCUGUUUCAAACAUACCAAAAAAAUGCUUCCAUUUUUAUGUUUAUCGUUUUUAUGAUGUCCAAUUUUUGGUCACUGAAACAAUUUCUAGACAUCCACAGACAUAUGUAGAAAACCGCCUUUUCCUCGUUCUUCAAAAAAAAUUUUUGAAAGGUUCCAUCUUAAGGGUUGUCUGCCGCUGCUUCGGUGAUCCAAAAAAUGUUUUAUGUGAUCGAUUUCAGGCCGUUCCAUCGACCUCUUGCACGCAUCAAGAAUUUGCUGUCCAUUGGCUGCUUUGAAAUGCUGUAGAGAGGCCAUCCUGAGCUAUGAUCCCAUUCGGUGUUUACCGGACAUCAAAGAGAACCAACGUAUUGUCGAGUGCCAUCGGCGGAUUGUCUCUGAAAGGCCAUUGACUCAAUGUAACAAAAAAAUUUGUUUUAUUUCACAGUUUAUUUCAGCCCUCGCCUGCUGCGACAGUGUCUACAAAACCGGAUCAGUGUGCCAUCAAACAUGCGUUGAGCUGGAAAUGACCCCAGCUUUAAGAUUGGUUGAAAAGCUGCAUCAAAUGCAGUAUUGCAAAAUUGGAGCGUCGAACAAGGUAAGGAGCGGAAUUUUUUCUAGCAAAAAAAACGAUAAAAAAAAUACAUAAAAUGUCGCCGGAUAACAAUGUUUAAAGCCACAGUAGCUGGGCAAAUGUAUUCAAUUAUAGCUUUCUACUUUCAGUGCAUCACGAAGUGUCAACAUGUGCUUCCGAAGGCCGGCAAGUUCGACACUUCUUGGUACCUUAGAGCUUGCGGUACUUACGUGCUCUCGGAAGAAGUGCCGUUUGAAGAAGAGCGAGUCGUCUACACAAAUUUGAAAAGCCCGUUCAAAUUAUUUAUCAAUAGUUAUCGACCAAAAUUUUUAUACGUCCGGCCAUGA